AUGAGCACCAAAGACUUGCUUCCACGCGAAGUGACAUGUCCAAAGGGGAACCCCCAGACUUCAGUGAUAAUGAACCAAGAGACCUCAAAGCAAUGGACAAAGCUGGUGACACAUCUGCGCAAAAGUCUUCUUAGAGAAAACACUUUGAUUGAAAACAUCAAUUAUCCUAACCAGAAAAACACAGAACACAUCAUAAGAGAAGACAGCACUGCAGAGAAUAAUGAACAGACUGGGGUGAAAGUGAAGACAAUAUCUGAUGUAUUUAAAGACAAGAAUGGGAAGAAACCCAGAACUGUGCUGACUGUUGGAGAGGCUGAUAUCGGAAAAUCCUUCCAUCUCCCGCUAGACUUUGACAACAACACCACCUUGUCUGAUAUCAGUGAACCAGCCUCAGUGGACGUGCUGUUGACAAACCUCAUCAAAGGGAACCUGCUUCCUUCAGCUCUAGUGUGGAUAACGUCCCGACCUUCAGCUGCUAAUCGGCUGAAUGUUGAGAAAUGUGUUGACAGGGUGACAGAGAUACGAAUGAAAAAUGCAGGAGAAAUUCUGAAGUCUGCAAUUCGGGAACAGUAUAAAAAACAGAGAGAGGAAGAGAUUGACACAGAACUCACAGAGGAAGAAAAAGAAGAACUAGUGCAACCCAACUACAAAAAUAUGUUUAAUGUGCGAACAGUGCUCACAACAGGAAUGGCUGGUGUUGAGACCUCAAAGCGAUGGACGAAGCUGGUGAAAAAACUGUGCAUAAGACUUCGUACAGAAAACACGGUGAAUGAAGACACUAAUCAUCCUAACCAGAAAACCACAGAACACAUCGUGAGAGAAGACAGCACUGCAGAGGGCACUGAUGAACAGAAAAGUAACCCGACUGUGGUGAAAGUGGAUGCAACAUCUGACAUCUUUAAAGACAAGAAUGAGAAGAAAAUCAGGACAGUGCUGACUGUUGGAGAGGCUGAUAUCGGAAAAUCGUUUCAUCUUCCACUUGACUUUGACAACAACAACAUCUUGUCUGAUAUCAGUGAGCCAGCCUCAGUGGAUGUGCUGUUGACCAACCUCAUCAAAGGGAACCUGCUUCCUUCAGCUGUAGUGUGGAUAACGUCCCGACCUUCAGCUGGUGAUCGGCUGAAUGUUGAAAAAAUUGUUGACAGGGUGACAGAAAUACGAGAGAAGCCUGAUAUUAGAAGCCAACGCAAACUCAAGUCUCAACUGAAGGAGCAGUUUACUCGUGUGUCUGAGGGCAUCGACAGGCAAAAAACCUCUGCUGUCCUGAAUGAGAUCUACACAGAGCUCUACAUCAUAGAGAGGCAGAGUGAAGAAGUCAAUGAGCACCAAGAGACCAGACAAGUUCAAAAUGCAAAGUUCAAACCAGUUAAACAAGAAACAGCAAUUAAAUAUAAUGAGAUCUUCACAUCUGUAGAAAAUAAACAUAUAAAAACUGUGAUGACAAUUGGAGUGGCAGGCAUAGGAAAAACUAUCGCAUCAAUGAAGUACAUGCUGGACUGGGCUGAUGGUAACGCGGUUCAAAACAUUUAUUUCAUGUUUCCACUUCCUUUCCGAGAGCUUAAUUUGAGAACAGAGAAACAACUCAGCUUUGAAAACCUUAUUCAUCAGUUCUUUCCAGCUAUGAAGACCUCAGAAAUAACCGACUAUGACAAGUACAACAUUCUGGUUGUUCUGGAUGGCUUUGAUGAAUGUCGCCUUGAUCUUGACUUCAGUGAAAGUAAUAAAUGCACCAAUGUGAGAGAGCCAACAUCAGUCAAUAUUCUGCUGACCAACCUCAUCCAAGGAAAUCUGCUUCCUAAAGCUCAGAUCUGGAUCACCUCCCGACCUGCAGCGUCGAACCGUAUUCCUGCUGAUAAAGUUGACCGGGUCACAGAGGUGCGAGGAUUCAAUGAUGAGCAAAAAGAAGAGUACUUCAGGAAGAGGUUUAAUGUGGAUCUGGCUGAAAAAAUCCUCACCCAUGUGAAGAAAUCAAGGAGCCUUUAUAUCAUGUGUCACAUACCAGUUUUCUGUUGGAUCACUGCAAAGGUCCUGGAGGAAUAUGUGACCAAGAACCAAGAUGAUGAAAUGCCCAAGACUCUAACUGACAUGUACACAUACUUUCUUUUGAUUGAGUGCAGACAGGCUAACAGAAAGUAUAAUGAAGACAAGACAAGUGAAAGCUGUGAGAUAGAUAAAUGCUGGAAUGAAACAAACAAGGAAACCAUUAUAUCUUUAGGCAAACUAGCUUUUGAGGAGCUUGUUAAAAGAAACUUUCUCUUUACUGAAAAAAACCUGACAGAGUGUGGUACUAACAUCACAAAAGCCGCAGUUUUUUCUGGGAUAUUGACUCAGAUCGAGAGAGAAGGUCCUUCAAUGUACCCACAGAAACUGUUUUGCUUUGUCCAUUUGAGCAUUCAGGAGUUCAUGGCAGCUUUCUAUGUGUUUUACAUCUUUAAUAACAAAAGUGAAAAUCUGCUUACCCCACCUCCUUCAGUGGUUUCAGAUUUGCCAGCAUCUGACUUCUACAAGAAGGCAGUGGACAAAGCUUUAGAUAGUAAACAUGGAGACUGGGAUCUGUUUCUCCGCUUCCUGCUCGGCCUCUCACUGGAGACCAAUCAGAAUCAUCUGAAAGAGCUGCUGAUAGACAACAAAAAAAAUGACAAGGAGACCAAAAAGGAGACAGCUGAGUACAUCAAAAAGAAGAUCAACGAAGACAUCAGUGAUGCAGAUAAAAACCUCAAUCUUUUUUACUGUUUGAAUGAGCUUAAUGAUCACUCUCUUGUGAAAGACAUCAAAGAGCAACUGCGAUCAGGAAAACAGAAUUUUGAAGAUUACUCUGCUGGUCAGUGGUCUGCUCUGACGUUUGUGCUGUUGACGUCAGAUGAGAAACUGGAUGUGUUUGAUCUGAAAAAGUAUCGGAAAUCAGAGAAAGUUCUUCUGGGAAUGUUGCCAGUGGUCAAAAUCUCAAAAACUACCUUGCUGACUUGGUGUGAGCUCUCUGAAAAAGCCUGCAGUGGUCUGACAUCCUCAGUCCUAAGCUCUGCAUUCUCAAACCUUUUGGAGUUGGACUUUAGCCAUAAUGAUUUGCUUGAUGUGGGUGUGCAGCAUCUUGCAGAUGGCCUGAAGAGUUCACACUGCAAACUGGAGAUUCUGAAAUUGUCUGGUUGUCAGGUAACAGGGACAGGCUGCUCUUUCUUGGCCUCAUCUCUCAAAUCGAAUGCAGCCUCCCUCCUGAAACAUCUGGAUCUGAGUUAUAAUCACCCAGGAGACCUUGGGACCAGAGAACUCACUGUUAUAAAGGAAGAUCCAGAUAUGAAGCUGAAGACACUGCUUUUGGACCAUGGUGGAGAGCAUCGGUUAAAACCGGGGAUGAAGAAGUAUGGUGUAGAACUGAAGUUUGACGAAACUACGGCGAGCAAAAGGCUUAUCUUAGAAGGAGACAGAAAAGUAAAAACUGUAAAGAAGGUAGAGGAGAAACCUGCACGACCUGAAAAUGAAGACAGGUUCAAGAGGUCUCAGGUGUUUUGCGUCGAGGGACUGAAAGGUCUCUGCUACUGGGAAGUGGAAUGGAGUGGGACGGUCUGCAUUGCUGCAGCAUACAAAAGACUGGUUGAGCGAAAAGCAGGAAGGAUUUUCGAAGACAAAAGGGAGUCAGCUAAGAGGACCACAGAUGAAAACAACGGGGAGAGGAUAAGAUGA